AUGGCCUUCCUCCUCCAGGCGAACCUGAACCACUGCCGCCGGGCGCAGGAUCUCAUGACCCAAAGCCUGGCGGUCGCGGCCGAGCCGUAUUCAGUCCCUGCACACCCCGCAUGGGUGGGGGAUGAAACGGGCACGGUCGCGAUCUAUUGUGUUUGGGGCCACGAGAUCCCGAUCUUCACUCUCGCUGAGAGGGGGCCGGGGUUCGUGGCUGGGGAAUGGGGAGAAACCAUAGUGGUGGGGUGGUAUUUCUCACCCAACAGGCCUCUCCGCGACUUUGAGGAGUAUCUGGACGGGCUGGAGGCAGUAGUAAGACGCUGGCACCCCCGUCCGGUGCUCGUCCUGGGGGACUUCAACGCCAAGUCGGUGACUUGGGGUUCCCCCAGGACAGAAGCGAAGGAAGAGGCUCUGGAGGUGUGGAUGGCAGUCUGCGGGCUCCAGCUGCUAAACCGGGGCUCGCAGCAGACGUGUGUGCGGCAGCACGGGGGGUCGAUUGUGGACCUCUCGUUCGCAUCCCCGGCUGCUGUGCCGCGUGUGUCCGAGUGGCAAGUCAGGGUGGACGUGGAGACGCUGUCAGACCAUCGCUACGUGACGAUGGUGGUCUCGACCCGGCCCUGGCCACCGGGGCUGCCAGGGUGGGAACAACACUCCACCGCCGCGGGGCUGGGAUCUCCUUAG